AUGAAUGACGAUGCUUAUCUUAAAUAUUGUAUAUUGAAAGAGCACCCAGUAUUGGAAGAGCACACAGUAUUGGAUGAGCACACAGUAUUGGAUGAGCACACAGCAUUGGAAGAGCACACAGUAUUGGAUGAGCACACAGCAUUGGAAGAGCACACAGUAUUGGAUGAGCACACAGCAAUGGAAGAGCACACAGUAUUGGAUGAGCACACAGCAUUGGAAGAGCACACAGUAUUGGAAGAGCACACAGCAUUGGAAGAGCACAUAGCAUUGGAAGAGCACACAGCAUUGGAAGAGCACACAGCAUUGGAAGAGCACACAGCAUUGGAAGAGCACAGAGCAUUGGAAGAGCACACAGCAUUGGAAGAGCACACAGCAUUGGAUGAGCACACAGCAUUGGAAGAGCACACAGCAUUGGAAGAGCACACAGCAUUGGAAGAGCACACAGCAUUGGAAGAGCACACAGCAUUGGAAGAGCACACAGUAUUGGAAGAGCACACAGCAUUGGAAGAGCACACAGCAUUGGAAGAGCACACAGUAUUAGAAGAAGAUCAGUUUUAUGCGCUUCUUCUACAUUUAAACUUUUAG